GCGCCCCAUAAUCUGCGCAGUUGCUGCGAGAAACAUUUUUCGUACAGAAGUAGUUUCAGUUCAAACACGGACACCUGCUAAAAAUCUAUGGGAAUUGUCUCCAUUUCAAAUCAGUUUUUUUUUAUUAAAUCCGCACAUUUUAAAAACAUUUUGUGAAAAAAAUUUCAACACAUACCGAUACGACGAAUCCAAAACGGGUGGAAAUGUGAUCGUCACUUAACCAAAACAACUCUAAUCAGCUCUAAUCAAUACACAACAUCAAGCGCGAGAGAGAAGCAAUUGAAUUAACAAUUGAGACAAUGCAAAGCUCGCACUCGAUUCGCGCAUUGUGAGAGGAACACCGAACAAUCUCUGUGUGUGUUUUUUUCUUCUCGUUUCGGUUCGAUUUUUGUUGGUUUUUGUUUUUAAAAUCUCAUCCGUUUUUGUUGUAGUUCGGCACGGACUAUUUACAUUUUCGUUUAUUCAAAAUCAAACAACGAUUAACAGUGUGAAUGACAAACACCUCGUACAUUUGAACGAAGUUAGUUAGUGAAUAUAUCGAAUAUUUAAUGGUGAUAAUGUGAUAAUAUUUUGAAACGGAAUAAUUAGAUUAAUGCCGGAAUAAGUUGUUGUUCAUUUCCAAAAGAAAAAAUAGAAGAAAAAAACACCGACCAAUGUUGAAAACAUCCAUUUAGUUGCAAUUGAGAAUCAAACAGUGUCGCCUCAACUACACUUUUUUUUGUAUACACGUACAUUGAUUUCAGACGUUGACUCAUUGGAAAAAUUAAAACGACGACGACAACGAAGAAAAAAGUAUAAAUUUUUUAUAGUUUUAACCACGGGCUUAUGUGCUUUUUGCUGUUUCAUGUGAUUUAAGUGUGAUUUUUCAUUAAAAACAAACUCAAAGAAUUCAACAAACGAAGAGAAGAGAAGAGAAGAAAAACCAACAACGUUAAAGUUAGUCAUCUGAAAUUGAUUCAGAAAUCAACGAAUUCGUCCACAAUAAUUUAUCAAAUAAAAUCACGAAUGAUUUUUUUUAUUUUAUUUCUAUUUACAUAAGAGAUUGAGUGGAAACGUACCAAGAAUCGGGUGCCAAAACGAAGAAAUUUCAACAAUUUUAUCAAAAAUCGAAUUUGUGCUAAUUGUUCGAAGAUCGAAACAAUAAAAACAAACAAACUAUUGAGGCGAGUCAUCGUUUAAUCGGUAAAUUUAAUUAGCUGCGAUCAUAUCAUCAUCAUCAUCAUCAUCACCAUCAACAGCAUCUUCGUCAUAAGCGGUGGCAGCUAAUGAACGUGACUCAAUACACGCGUAAUGCAUUAACCUUGCAUACGUUUAUGUGGCCGUGGAACAGUUUCCAGUCGAUCAAAUGGACAAAGUUUGAUAAAAAAAUACAUAUGUGAUAUUGUGCCGCGAAUUCUUGCUCAAUAAUUAAACAACAAAAAAAAAUCCAAUGAAUUAAUCGUGGUGCCAUUUUCGAAGCAAUUCAGAACAAUUAAAUGCAGAAAAAAUGUGUUUUCCAUUUAGUACAAAUAAUGCACAGAAAACUGUCAAACAAAAACCAAUGAUUGCUCAACGAUUCAAAUUGAUAUCACAUCGCAUUCAAAUGGUACACUAGCAAAUUAAAAAUAAUAAUAACAGAACAACAAACACACACACAUACACAAGAGACACACGCACAUAGAAACAAUUAGAAUGUAAUUAUCCAGCCAAUUUUUAUCAAUAAAAUAAUUAGUUCCGUCCAACCCUUAGUUCAACUAACAAAUAAUCAUUUCUAUUCGAUCAAAAUCUACACUUUUUUUUACAAAUCGCACAAAACGUUUAAUACAUAAAUCGUGUUAUUUUUUACAUUAGUUUUUAUUUAAAAAAAAUCCGAGUCUAUUACGAUACAUCGAAUAAGGUUUUUUUUUAUACAUAUAUAAAAGAAAAAGAUAUUAUUUUAUUCGUUUAACAGAAACAAAAGCAAAAUAUAUACAUAAAUUUAUUAUCAUAUAAUAGUUGUGUUUAAAACAAACGAGUUUUUGCAUAAAAUUUAAAUUGCCAAUAUAAAUCAUAAAGCAAAAAAAAAAAAAAAAAAUAAAAAUAGUAGACAAAUUCACGGAAAUACCAUAAUCUCUAUCAAAUCGCAAUAAGUUUUUAAAGAGUUAGACUAAAUAAGACAACUGAAAAAAAAUCCAAUCAAAAGCAGGAAAACAGUGCAAAUAGUAAUUUACAAUUAUUCAAUGAAAAAGAACAAUAAACAAAGCUUGAAAAUUGUUUAAAACCAUAACCGUGUGAAGAGAAGAAUAUUUCUCGAUAAGCGAUGAAAAUUUAGUGUGAUACAAUAAAUAAACCCGCCGUCCGAAAUCCGUGUGCCAAGCGAUAUUAAGCUAAAACAAGUAUAAAGAUAGACUCUUCAAUCCGCUGUUCGAACUGAAGCCUUGCUUCUACUGGCGUCAAUAUUCGAAAUAUAAAUGUGCCUUUUUGCCGUAUGUAAUGAAUAAGUAAAUUAGUGUUAUUGUAUGCACAUAUUGAAGGCGAUACACGAGGAACUAUUGCACCGAUCAACUUGUGUCCGUGUAUUUGUGUGCAUAUAUAUAUAUUGUACAAAAACGACAACAACAACGAAAAAAAAAUCACAUAUUUACGCAUGUAAUAACCAUAAUAACGUAUGAACAAUCUACGUCCAAAUCAAAAUACAGGCGUUGAGUAAUCUCAACGAUAUUUACGCUGCCAUAACACUUGAAUGACCGAUAAAUAAUCCCAUUUUUCCAUCGAAAUAUCAUUUUUCAACAACAAGCACACCGAUCCAAAUGAACCCAGAGAACUGAUAUUAGCACCACUGGUGGAAUUUCAUGUGCUUAAUCCAACAUUGUGAGAGCUUUUGUGAAUAUCAUCGGACGGUGUCGAUCGAUCGGUGUGUCGAAGUGAGCUAGUGAUUGAGUGUACGUGUGUAUGUGUUUUCAAAGCAAAAUCCACGGGGACAUAUAUUCGUUUGUAAGUGCGCGCAAAUUAAAUGAAUUCAUAAUUCAUAAGUUAAUUUGAGUUAUUGCGGAAAAACGCUGGAACAGUGAACAAUCAGAAAAGUGCCACAAAGCAAUUGAAUCGAUCUCUGGCGUAAAAAAUCGGCGUUUGUACCUGACAAACACUUGCACAAUCUCCUAUCUUGAACUGUGCGCUGCACCAUUCAGCUACACCAUAUCUCGCUUUCCUCCUCUGUCUCUCACUCAAAAUCGGUUUCUCCACGUACAUUUUGUUUUUUUUUUUUGCUCACUCCUUCUGUCGAUUUUUAUCUGUUGCUCGCUUUAUUCUAUUCGCGGCGCUGUUUUCGACCAUAGCGUAUUACUAUAGCAACAAAAUAUUGGUUUUCGUUCAAUAGACUUUCAAUAAAACGAAACUGUUUAUCGAUUAUUUUACAUGCGAAAAUAACCAACGGCGAAAAAUAGUUUUUUCUUCUUCUGAAUAAAUGCGAAUUGGUGUUACUUGUAUGCUGAAUUGAAUGCGAUCGACGAAUGACUGAGUAAGACAGAAAAUUAACAUAUAAGCGACAGAGAAGAAUUUCAAAUCGGCCCGAAAACCCGGUGCAACAUCUACGAACACUAACGAGAAAGAAAAAAAAAGAUCAAACCAAAAACGAAGUGCAUAGAGAAAAGAAGAAGAAGAAGUAAAAAUAGCAGUCGUCAUUUUGCAGUUAGCGAUAUUCAAGAGAUAAAUGCGGUGUGUGCUGUGCACACUGCUUGCAAUCCAAAAACACAACACAAAAAAAGAGCAUAACUACAAAGAAAAACUAUUGCGAUGCUUUUUUUUGUCGCUUGCAUCAGUUUCAUUAUAUCGAAUGCGCAAACGAAGCGAAUGUGAAAAUAAUUUAAUAAAUGCAUGUACUUAAAUGUACAUUAGCGCAAGUAUUAAUUUGUAAUAUGCAUAUCUUGCCAACGAUAUGAUCGAGAGCACAUUUGCAUUGGCUUACAGUGGUAACAAGCAUUAACAAAAUCGACCGUCAUCCUACACACUCGAAACGGACACAAAGCGACACUGGCUGCGUGUCAAGAGAGAGAGAGAGAAAUAGAAAGAGAAAAACAGAAGCAAUUAUUAGGCCGUGCCAACGAAACUCGAAUGCCAACAAACAUUUCGAAUCUGAUGAAAAAUUAAUCUUUAAGGAGAAUCCAAUACGAGACAAGGAUAGCAACGAAAUAAAAAGACACAAAGAAAACACUUGCACAGAAAGAAAAAAAAACAUUUAAUUAAUAAACGUGACAAAUAAAAUUAAUUGAAGUGUGCCCGUCUGAUACACAUCCACUAUAAUUUAAAAUACCAUUUGUUGCCGUAAAACCGAAUGGAACAAAAAAUUUGGCACCAAUAAAUAUUCUAAAGGCGGGUGUCUCAUCGGCUUUACAUUUAUCACUUGCUGCACACUUACGAACCGCCUUAUUUUGUUUCUCUUCUCAAAUUUGCACAAUGUCUGCAUCACCAGUAUCAGCACAUCAGCAACAACAAAUCAUUCAGUCUGCUGGCGGUGAAGAUUUAAGAUCUUCAGCGUCACCAGCUUCACGUCAAAGUCAUCCAGCCGCAAAUAGUCCACGUCCCGAAUUGACCACAAUGACGAAUGUGAACGUUUUAGAUUUACAAAUGAAUUCACAUACAUCAACGUUGCAACAGCCAACCGCGCUGUCUCGCGAUUCAGACGAUGAAACGAAGAAAAAUCCACGAUCCGAAAAUUACGACGACAAUGAAUCAAUAUGCUACAGUAAUCAACAAGGAUUUAUACCGAAAUUAGAUUUCACCGAUGAGCAAAUUUUAAGAUUGAUCGGCGCAACCGGUGACCAACAAAUUAUUAGUCGCGAAUAUAUCAAUGGCGAGCAUCAUAUUUUGACUCGCAACGAAAACGGUGAACAUAUUAUAACGCGCAUUGUAACGCAAACAACUCCAGAGGAAUCUCCCCAAGCGCAGGAGUCACAAUCGCAAUCACAAUCUCCGCAAGCGGCGCAAAAAUUGAUUGAAUCAGAAAUUGACCAUCAACAAAAUGAUGGUGCAACCGAAAUUGUCUAUACUCCAAGUGCCAAUCCAAUUGCAACGUCUGUGUUGCAAUACACGGAUACCAGUAACAAAUUGGGCUCGUCUGUGCCAGUCGAUGCAUCGGCAAAUGUUCUCAUUUCGGCGGCAAAUCCGCCCGAAAUCGAUGGUGCAAUUGAUGAGAGCAAAGGAAAAGGCCAUAUUAUUUAUACGCACGGUGACAAAACCUAUGUGGAAACGGUGAAAGAUAAUCACAUUUAUGAUAAUGGAAAAGUGCCGAUUUAUGCAACGGCAGCUGAUGAUGCCAAACAGCAGCCGCUGGAUUUGAUUUAUGAAGACGGUGGAAAAACGGUCAUUUAUACGACCAGCGCCGAUCCGAAAAGUCUUGAGUUGUAUACGGGAAACGAAUUAAAUUUACUCGAAGGACCACAUCAAGUUAUCGUUCAGGGGCCAAAUGUGUACGUUGUUGCCGCUCAACAAUCACUGGACACUGAAAUAGCCACGGUCUCGCACCAAAAUCAUUCGCAACAACAAAGGCGACGUGCCAAUUCAAAUCCAGAUUCACCGAUCGAAGCGAACGCUUCAGAGACUAUACAUCAUGUGCCAUCACAAAAUACACAAUCCGGUUACCUACCAACGAGAUUUUUCGAACAUCCAUUGACUGCAGCUACAUCAGCCAUGCUCAACAUAUCGGGUGCUAAUAAUAGUUCGAAUAACGAAGAUGAAUCAGGUGCAACAACAGUAUCAGCAGUCACAACGGCCACGACGAACGUGAGCAUUGGUUCGUUGGGUACACCGCAUCAAGUCCAUCAGGUUCAUAAUCCAAAUGGUAGCACAUCGUUUGUGUAUGAAUAUUACAAAGUGCCGGAUAAAGAUAAUAUUCAAUGGGCUGCCCCUACCGCAAAGAUAAAUGGACAAACCACGCCUUUGGAUGUAACUGGCCUAUCGCAAAAUGAAAUACAAGCACUAUUGCUCGGAUCACACCCAUCGACACAAAGCGUUAACGUGAAACGAGAGCCCGAAGACUUACGUAAAGAUCCGAAAUGUUCGCGCAAUCAAAAGGUUCUUGUCGUUCAAUCUCCGUCGCCAUCAUUACAAAUCAAAGAACCACCACCCAGCCCUGGAAGUCCAGCAUCCGAAACCAUGUACACAACAACAGGUGGAGCAACACAGAUCUACAUGCAGGGUCCACCACAUCAAACUAGUUCUACUACAACGUCUGGUUCAAAUGUAAACACAAAUACUCCAAGUCCAGGUCCAUAUUCUGAUCAAUAUGGAAUGUAUACAACACGUUUGCCUGCGGGCGGCUCCACAUUCAUUUCAGAACCAUACUAUCGCGAAUACUUUGGUGGCGGCGAUGGUAGUGCUCAAGGUUAUACACCAUCACGUACAAUCUAUGGCGAUACAGCUGAAGGACCGUCACAAAGUGCGUACGAAGGGCGCUACACAACACAUGCAAAAAGUACACUGGUCUACACAAAAACGGUUACAGCAGCCGGUUUGACUGUGGAUUUGCCAAGUCCUGAUUCUGGUAUUGGUGCUGAUGCUAUAACUCCACGCGAUCAAAACAACAUUCAACAGCAAUCAUUCGAUUACACCGAAUUAUGUCAACCAGCGACCAUCUUGGAUAGCAAUGCCAUCCCUGUUUCCGUGAACGCAAUGCAACGAGUUGGUAUGCAUACAAAUUCAAACAGCACAAAUGCAUCGAUUAGCAGUCAACCGUCUACACGUUCACGGCCAUGGCAUGAUUUUGGCCGGCAAAACGAUGCUGAUAAAAUUCAAAUACCAAAAAUUUUCUCAAACACAGGCUUCCGCUAUCAUCUUGAGAGUCCAAUCAGUUCAUCGCAACGACGUGAAGACGAUCGCAUCACGUACAUAAAUAAAGGUCAAUUUUAUGGCAUUACUUUAGAAUACGUUCACGAUCCAGAUCAUCCAUUAAAGAAUCAAACAGUAAAGAGUGUUAUUAUGCUGAUGUUCCGCGAAGAAAAGAGUCCCGAAGAUGAAAUCAAAGCAUGGCAAUUUUGGCACAGCAGGCAGCAUUCAGUCAAACAGAGAAUAUUAGAUGCAGAUACAAAGAAUUCCGUCGGUUUAGUGGGAUGCAUCGAAGAAGUAUCACACAAUGCGAUCGCUGUUUACUGGAAUCCACUUGAGAGUUCUGCCAAGAUAAACAUUGCCGUACAAUGUUUGAGCACAGACUUUAGCAGUCAGAAAGGCGUAAAGGGUUUACCAUUACACAUCCAAAUUGACACAUUCGAAGAUCACCGAGACGCACAAAUCUUCCAUCGUGGCUACUGUCAAAUCAAAGUAUUUUGUGAUAAGGGUGCCGAGCGUAAAACACGUGAUGAAGAACGACGUGCCGCCAAACGUAAGAUGACCGCAACUGGUCGCAAGAAGCUCGAUGAACUCUAUCAUCCAGUCACCGAUCGAUCUGAAUUUUAUGCGAUGCAAGAUGUGGCGAAACCGCCCGUUCUCUUCACACCAUCCGAAGAUAUUGAGAAAUUGUCCGGCAUGGAUUUGCAGAGUUUCUAUGCGCAUGAAGGUGAAAUCAAUAGUAAUGGCGAAGUAAAGGGAACAUCACCAUUCUUGUUGCAUGCAUCACAAAAACCAACCACACCAACUCUGAAAUUUCACAACCACUUCCCACCGGAUGUGCCGACCACGGAGAAAAAGGAUCACAUUCUGGAACAAUCAAUGGUUCAAAGUGUGAAUGAGUUUGGCCAGCCCGUAAUCAAGAGACAGCGAAUGACGCCGCCAUUAAAUGAACGCGUUAUGCUCUAUGUGCGACAAGACAAAGAUGAUGUAUACACGCCAUUGCAUGUCGUGCCACCAACAACCAUUGGCCUAUUGACUGCGAUCGAACAUAGAUACAAAUUAUCGACAUCGAGUAUUAAUAACAUUUACCGUACAAAUAGAAAAGGGAUUACUGCGAAAAUUGAUGACGAUAUGUUGUCGUACUAUUGCAACGAAGACAUCUUUUUGUUGGAGGUUCGACAAUUAGCAACUGCGGAAGAGGAUCCGAUAUACGAUAUCACACUUACUGAACUAUCCGAUCAUGCUGUAGCGAAAUAAGAUUGAUGCCGGUGAUUAGCAGCCAUCGAGCCGCAACAGCCGCACUACUUUCUUCUCUCUUUUUUUUUAUUAUUAUUCUUGCCACAUCAUUUUCGUAUCUCUAAGCUCAACCGAUUUUCUGUACAUUAUUUUCAAAUGAUGGAUCGCAACCGGAGAAAAAUAAAACAUAAAUGGGGCAGCCACAUCGAUUCAUCAAAUACAUCCUUUUCAUUUUAAACUUAUAUACACUCCGUACAAUGGAAUACAAGAAUUUUGCGACUUUAAUCAUACAAAUACUUAUUAUUAUUAUUGAUUUUUCUUUUUAAAUAAUUUCUACAAUUUGAUUUGUCUAUUUUUAGUAGCUUAGACGGAUUAGGUUCGCAUUAAGAUUGAAAUUAAUUUGGAUCAAAUAGAUUUUACACAUUUUUUUUUAGCCGUAGAAUUCCUUUCGUAUUGUGAGUUGAAAGAAAAGUUGAUAUUAUGCCGAAACAUGACAAUUUAUUAUUAUUAAUACUGCAAAUGGCAUUUGAAUACAAAAGAAGACUAGAAUUAGUCAAGUGUACGAAAAACAAGAAGAAGAAGAUAAAAAAAAACAAUGUAGCAAACAUAACACACGGACACGCACCGAUCAAAGCAUCGCCACCAUUCCAUCCAUAAUGCUGAAACAGUUGUUCAGUCUUGCGUUGCAUCGGCAAGUCGUUAAAUGUAGUUAAAUUAGCUAGGUAAAAUGUAAGCAUUUCAAUUAAGUAAAAUGUCACAAAUAAUAGAGACAAUGUACUAUACAGUAGCCGAUUUUAUACCAACGAGCAUGAAUGAACAAAUGUUAUGGGUCCAACACAACAGAAAUUUUUUUUUUAUUGGAUCUUCACUUGCGCGCGCGUUGAUUCAAACAGAACCCAUCUUUCUUUUAUCUACUUACUUGUACAACUAAGAUGUUUGUUUUUUUAACGGAAACACUUUUUUUUUAUCACUUAGACAAUGUUAAGCGUUAACAGGUUUAGAUAUUGAGAAUUUAUAAAAUUCAUUUAAGACAACGACAAUGGAUCAUACAAUCCAUACAAAACGCAAUUGAAGUCACUGGCAUUUCAAUUUGAAAUUUUUGAUUUCAACUGAAUUUUUUUUCUGUUUCUUUGCUCUUUUGAAUGUGUUUCUUUAUUCCAAAUAUUUGAAUUUUUGAAAUUUUAUCAGUUCAUUGUCUCUUAAUUAUGGUUUAGAUAGUUGUCGAAGUUGUUUUUUUUUCUUCUCAAAAUUUAUGUAUGUAAAGUAGGAAUAGACAAAUAAACGUUACGAAUUCAUAUGUCUAUCGGUGGAUUUUUGAUGAAGAACGCCGAUUUUAAGCGAUGAAUGGCUUUUUUUUCAGCUAAGCAACACAUUUUCAAAUGUGACAUUGACACUCUUGAAAUUUGGCUCUCUUUUUUCGAUAGACUAUGGAUAAAAUUUUGAUACAAAACAAAAAAAAAGUCAACUCCAAGCAUGGAUCUGAUUUUGUCCACUUUAUUUAGAAAAAAAAACGGUUCUUUUGAAAAUAUUUUAUUUUAGAGUUUUAAUCGAUCAAAGUAAACGUAGUAUAUGAAUAUACUGACGCAAAAAAAAGUCGAUUUAUACAUAUUAAUAUAUCUUGCCAGCUACAAUUCCACGAGAAUAUUUACAUAGACCCAUGUAUUUAGGACAGCUACCGAUGCAAAAACAAAAUGAAGAUCAGAACAUAAGGUUCUAGGUUAAACAAAAAGAUCUCAAAGAGAAAACACUAUGGCACAUAUAAUCUGGAAUUCUUGCUCAAUUUGCUAACAAAUAAAAAGAACAAAAAAAAACGAACGAAUAUCAAUCAAUGGUUUAUCGAGGAGAAUUUAAUAUUCGAGUAGAAUGUACGAAAUAAUAAAGAGUGCCCAACAUAUAGCCACCACAGAUGGAAAUGAACAUAUUCAAAUGACAGCAAAAUCCAAUAAAUGUAACAUUUAAUACAAUUAGAUUCCAAACACAAACGCAUACGCAUGUGCAAAUAUGAUUUGUGCUAAUUGUUUAUUGAACGAAAACGGUCGACGAUUUCAAAUGAAUGUUCAUUCGAAUGUUCAGUCAUAUCAUAUUUUGCUCUUUUCGUUUUAUCAUUAACCAGUAUUUUGUGUGUAGUAGUUACAAUUUACUGGUCAUCAGUCGCCCGAAUAUCAGUCACAGUAAAUGAAAUAACGACACAAAACAAAAAGAGCCAAUUGAACAAUUCCAAUUGCCAUACAUGAACAAUGAUAAUAUUGAACAAACAAAAUGCAGAAUCGGUUUGGAAACAAAAGGGAAAAAAAUCGUAUUUUCUAAAAUUUAGUUAGGCUAACGAUAGAGCAUUUUGCAUGAUUGAUAUUUAAGUGUACCUGAACAUGAAACAAAUGAGAGAAGAAGAAAAAAAAAACUACGAAACAAAAUGGAUCAAUUUUAAAAUUCACUAUGGAAAUUUCCUCAAUCGCAAUUUUCAUUAACGUUUAAAAGUUGGUGUUUUUUUUUUGGUUUCGGAUGCUCUUCUCGGCACUAAACGGAUUUUGGAUCAAUGAACAAAAAGUGAAAUAGCAAACGUAUUUAGUGCAUCAGACAAUAAGGUACAAUUAAAAUUUUUAUGUUUUGUCUGUUUAUUUGUCGGAUAAGUAAAGCCAUAUUUGAAUUCAGGAUAUUUUAUGGAAGUAUAUAUACAAAAUGAUUUUGUCGACAAUGAUCGGCAAACCAGAUUUUUGAUGAGAGCAGUUAGAGCUUAAGUUGAGAUUUCCUAAUGUUAAGAAAUUUUGGUUAAAUUGAUAGACUUUUUUUCUUCUCUAAUUUUAAAGCGAAAUAGUCUUCAAAUGAUGCGAGAAAAAAAAGAAGAAAUGAAAGAGAAAUAAUUUUUUUUUUUGGUUCUUUCGACAGAAAAAAUACUGAUUACUAUUAGUAGUAAUGAUAAGUAGCUAAGCGAAUUAUUUUACAGAGUAAAGAAAAACAAACGAAAAAAAAAAAAUAAUAAUAAUAACAACAACAACAGCACACACGAAAUAGUGUCGGCCGUAUCUCCCAUGAGAGUCAAUUUAACUUGGUUUGUUUGAAAAACAAACGUUCUAUUGAAAUUAUCGUCAAACGAUACAUUACUUUUGCGGUGAAUUGUCUCCUCACACAAAAUACAACACACACACACACAUAACAAGAUACGAAAAUGAAAAAAAAUUCAAUCUGGGUGAUCGAGCCAACACGCAUUCUGCUGUGAAGAAAUGCAAUAUUAAUGUUUAUGAUUAAAUUAAUUAAUUUUUUUGAUGUUUUACGUCAUGAUACGUACACGUAGUUAGUAAAAGCUAAUUACAUUAAGUUUUUACUCUCUUAUAUUCAUACACGCAUGUUGUUCUAUUAUCUCGUUAAAGAAAAAAACAAACAAACCGAGCACGCUUGGAAUGCAACAAAACAAAACGAAAAAGAAAACACUUCUUCGUCGAAUUCAGUUUCGCAUAGCAAACUGAAUUGAAAUAUAUAUUUUUUUCAAAUGAUUUUUUAACGUAUUCCAAAACGAAAAAAAUUUGUUUUUCUUUACAAUUGAUUUAGAAAUGCAAUGAAAAACCAGGACAAAAAAUUUCAUGAAAAAAUCGAAGAAAAAAAAAAUCGUUUCGAUUCCGUGAGAAUCGACCGGCAUACAGAAGUUAUAUGAAGACUGAAAAUAUUUCAUUUUGAUUUGAAUGGUCGAGAAUAAAAACGACUAAAGUUGAACCACUUAUGGAUAACCGUAACACAAUAUUCUUGAUUUUUAAAAGUGCAACAUAAAUUCUGUUCGCUUGUAAGUGAAUCGUAAAAUAUCUGUGGACUAUAGAAAUCGUGUUUCACUUUAAUUGAAGCAAAAAUGUUUGAUACACUUUCAAGACCAUUGGAAUGAUGAUUCAUUGUAAUGGUGGUUUUGGUUGUGAUUUGGCUUCAGAGUGAAAAUUAAGUGAUAAGGAGCGCGAAUUUCGAUGUGCCGAUAACACCAUUGGAUUGGGCACAUGAAAUACUGUAUGAGAAUCGAAAAAAAAAAUUUAACUUUUUUUUUUCGAUUUUUGCCUGUUUCCGAUCGUCUACAUGGGCAGUUUGUAUGAAAACCUCGGAGCGCCGGUGUUUUACCCGUAUUGUUAUACACAUCAACAAAGUAAUUUCUCGCUACAUUUCUCAUUACGUUCAUUCAUAAUCACUAGUGAAGCCACGUUGCCAAAACAUGUACGUUCUUGUUUCCUUACUGCGCACUUCUUUUCUACGGUGAAGCAGACUGCUUUGUUGAUGUGUAUAACAAUACGGGUAAAACACCGGCGCUCCGAGGUUUUCAUACAAACUUCCCAUGUAGACGAUCGGAACCAGGCAAAAAUCGAAAAAAAAAGUUAAAUUUUUUUUUUCGAUUCUCAUACAGUAUUUCAUGUGCCCAAUCCAAUGGUGUUAUCGGCACAUCGAAAUUCGCGCUCCUUAUCACUUAAUUUUCACUCUGAAGCCAAAUCACAACCAAAACCACCAUUACAAUGAAUCAUCAUUCCAAUGGACUUGAAAGUGUAUCGAACAUUUUUGCUUCAAUUAAAGUGAAACACGAUUUCUAUAGUCCACAGAUAUUUUACGAUUCACUUACAAGCGAACAGAAUUUAUGUUGCACUUUUAAAAGUCAAGAAUAUUGUGUUACGGUUAUCCAUAAGUGGUUCAACUUUAGUCAUUUUUAUUCUCGACCACUCAAUUGAACCUAACAAUUCGAUAGAAUAAUGUCGUUCGAAUUUUCGGUUAAAUACAUUCUGAAACGGCAUACUAUUGGGGGCACCUCUCGACUACGUCUUGAGGGCGACUGCAGCGAAACGGAAUGUAUAGUACGUAGUAGUUGUAUGUGUGCACGCCUGCUCGGUUAUUCGUUUAACCGCUAAAAUGUCCGGUCUCUUGUGAGACUCUAUAGGUUGAAGGACAGAUAAAAAUCGUUUUUUUUAUCCACUUUCCGGAUAUUCUUUGCCUUUUGAGAUUCACUUAGUUUUCAAAAGACAAGUCAGUUUUUAUUUAUCCUGUAGAAAAAUCCGUCUCUUUUUGUUUUGUUUCUCUUACCCUGGAAUCACGCAUAUAAAACAUAUUAUUUUUUAGUUUCUUUCUGUUAAAAUAUUGCAAAUAGUUAAAUAGGUCCAUCUCUGGCCCGUGCCACAAUACUUGCCGGUCCAUUUCGAAUCGAAUGUUUGACACUUAUUCCGAACAGAUCCAUUCAAUCGAAUUGAUUUCUUAAACGGAAUAAUUCCAAACAAUCUUUUCAAAAUUGACUAAUCGAAUCGUGGCACCGAUCUAAGAAUUUGUUGGUGAUGGUUAAUUUUAAUAAUGGAACGAAAAAAAAAAUAUUUCGCAUCAACAUGCAUCAUAACAAUUGAAAAUAUUUCUCCAAUUUUAUAGAAGAAUAAAAAAACAAUACACAAAAUCAAAAACAAAUAUGUUCUUAGUACAUGAAAAUCAAUCACAAUCACAAAUUCUUCUUUCUUUUAUAUAUUGAAAUUGAUCGUAUCGACGGGAAUAAUUCCGUGAGGACUCAAAUGAUAAAAAAAAGUUAAGAAAAAUACAAUUGUUCAACAAUUAAAUGAGUACAAAAACUCGAUUUGAACAUAUGCGACAUUUAUAUAUUUAGUAGAAGAAAAUUAAAUUUUUAUAGCAACAUAAUAUCUAUUGGUGAAGUCUAAGUGAAAUUUCAUUUGGAAUAAUUGUCUUCUGAUGUUUAAGUAAAUAAAGAAACCGAAAAUUCA